CAUGGGGCGUGGGAGGCUUCUCCCACAUUCGGGCACUGCGGCCGUAGGUGAUACAACGCGUAACGUUGCAUUAGCUUGCAUAAACUACGCUCGAUUUGAACGAUUCCGCUAAGGCCGAGGAGAGAAGUGCGACGACUCGGUCGCUUGUUUACAACACUCAUACCCGAAGUGCGCCCGUCCUGCAAGCCCUAGUCCCAACAUAGCCAACAAGACCUUCGCAGCAAAAUGCCGCGCACUCCAUUCUCUCGCUCUGUGGCUAGCCAGCUUGCUUCGGCGCUGGAGGCCAACCUGACCCAGACCUCUGAGCCCUUCGCUGCCCCGCUAUGGAACGCCGCUCGCCCCCGCAUGAUGUCCACCAUCGCCCGGUCAGAGGGCCUGCUUGCGCGCAGCGCUGCCGCGCCUGUCGGUGCCCUGAAGCCGUGCAGCUGCGGCAAGGCGGUCUGCGCGGGCCACUGCUCAUGCGGCCGUGCCUUCUGCCCCGGCGGCCACAGCAACUCCCUCAGCACCUCGACCGCCGCUCAGAACCAGCCUGCUUGGGCCACUGAUGCUCGCGCCCCCGGCUUGGCUGAGCGCCUGGCGGAGGUGACCAAGCACUUCCCCACCUCGCUGUCCGUGGAUGACUUCAUGGCGCGUGUGGAGGUGGCUCUGGCCGGCUACGGCUUCACUGGCGACAACUCCAUUGCCAUGAGCAACUUGUGCCGCGAUGAGUCGUGCCUCAUCCUGGAGGACAAGAUUGAGGCGGCCUUCGGCUCGUGCUUCAGCACCCACGGCCUUGGCGGCGUGCUGACCUGCGGUGUGAUUGGCAUGAAGGCCGGCCUGUCACACUCGCCCGUGGUCGGGGGCAAGGAGCGCUACGUAUUCUUCUCCUUCCCACACAUUGCCAUCGAUAGCGACGGGAAGGUCGGCGCCGUCAGCCGCCCCAACCGCCCCGGCGCCAGCGCUGCCUGCGGUGCCCUGAUUGCGUGCAUGGGCGACCUGAAGCGCGACGGCUUGGAGGCCAACUGCAAGCAGCCCGGCGUGCACGACCCUCUGGAGCCCGAGUACUCCAUCCUCAAGCAGCGCAUCGCCCGCCGCCUAGCGUACGAGAAGAUCAACCCUCUGGACUGCUCGCUGGUGGACGUGACCAAGGCCGCAGAGCGCGUCAUCUCCGCUGACCUGGAGUACCUGAUCUCCAAGGCCGUGGACCCCAAGAAGGCCGACUACGCCGUGUUCACCGGCGUGCAGAUCCACAACUGGGCCGCCGACCUGAACAACACCGAUGUGCCGUCCCUGGAGUUCGUGGGCGUGGGCAAGAGCUACGUGGUGGUGAACGGCGAGAAGGUGCACUUGGACCUUGAGAAGGUGCCGGCUCUGUCGCCGCGCCAGCUGCAAAUCCUGGCCUCCGCCAGCGCAUCCGAGGGCAAGGCCGCCACCGCCGCCUCCACCGGCAAGCUGGUGCAGGAGAUCCCUCGCGAGUACCUGAUGAGGCGCCUGGGCGGUGCCAUGAGCCGCAGCCACUCGGACGGCGCCGCCCCCGCCUGGGGCAGCUACGUAAGAAAGGCCUCGCUUAACGACCCCCACGCCGGUGCUCCCCAGAUGGACCACCCCUUUGAGGCCACCGCGGCGCCGAAGGAGGACGCGGGCGCCAGCACCACCAGCUUCUUUUGGGGCAAGAAGAAGUAAUUUGCGCGUGUUAAUGGCGGGGUGGCUGUUGGCCUAUGCAAAGAUUUUGCUCAGGGGUUGACAACAUGAUAAGAUAUAGUGUCAUUAGGUUAGAUGUGCGUAUCCAUGUUCUCUGACUUGACAUGUACCAACUGUACAAAGAGACUCGGCAUAGCACUGGCUGGAAUGCUGGCUACAUAUGCAGGUAUUGUGCACAGGGAUUGGACCUUGACAAGCUAGUGCAGGAGUGAGGGAAGCACUGUGAGAGCUGCUAGUGACACGCAUUCAGCAGGGUGUACAUAUGCCGCAUGUACACCCUGCUGAAUGCGUGUCAGCUGUGUGAGAGAGUGAACCGUAGGAAGUGUAGUAAACCUAAAGUCACCGCAACUGUUAAGUAGGAGUAGGAGGCCUCGCUGGGCAUUGGAGGACCUCGACAAGUACGGCAAGCCCGCGUCUGAGAGACUGUGCAUGGGGCGUGGGAGGCUUCUCCCACAUUCGGGCACUUCGAUCGUAGGUGAUACAAUGUGUAACGUUGCAUUAGCUUGCACCCAGUACCUUUAAAUUCAACGUUGGGACAGUGGGACCCGGAGUGUCACGCAUGUAUUGAAUGCCCCGGGCCGCCAGCCGGAACAAUGGGGGACUAGUAAAUAGUGAUGCUGUGCAUACAUGGGGGCGGUUUAAAUCGUUCGUGACGUCGGGGAUUCACCCGCGUGGAUGGGAUGCGGUGCCCACACACCACCCCUUCCUCGCGCGUGGUGCUGAUGAUAAGAUUUUGCUUGGCUUGCCUGAAGACAAUGUGUCCCCGCCGGCCUCUCCUCAAUGUAUGGUUUUGCCGUCUGGGCUGCUUUGGUACUUUGGAAUGUGGACGUUGCGCUUUAGAGCCCUGCCAUAGGAGCCGGCCUUCGUAUUUGGGCCUCCGUGCCUCUUGGCGCCUCAUCACGAAUCAGACUUGCGAAAUGACUGGUGCUUUCGUUUGAUAGGGCGGUCCGUAGAGCAUUGGCCUGUUGUGCGGGGGUGCCGGCCCGCCAUCAAACGAUCUACCUGCAUUGCCUGGACUUGCGGCAGUGAAGCUGUAUGGUGAGGCGUUGGCGGGUUUUGCAUCUGGGUGCCUGGCUUGGCUUUGACUCACUAUGCGCGGAGUUGCUAGAAUCCAGACGGGGAGAGUAUGCAACCAACCUGGAGGUGGCAUUGUUCGGGGGCGGGAGUCCCUUGGGUUGAGUUCGUCCAGGCAGCAUUCGGUGCCCCUGCGUGCUUGCACGCUCGGGUUGUCCUCUCUUGUGGUACCGCAAUC